GAUCUUAUUAUUAACAUAAAAUUUAUUAUUUUUCUUUUCAAGAUAUGUGCCAAUCGUUUAGCGUGUCCUGGUCAGGCGGACGGCCAUUACAAAGCAGUGUGUCGAGCUCUGGUAGCCGAAGUGUUAGAAUUAUCUACAUUUCUAGAAAAAAUUUCAGCAGGUACUAAAGAACUGAGACAGCACGCUUUGGUUGAAACUGAUGGAGAAUCAAAUUUAGAUAACUUGAAAUUUCAAGAUUGGGCGGGUCUAUGGAUGCAAGUAAUCAGAGAAUUGCGCCAAGGUGUAAAAUUAAGAAAAGUGGAGAGAGAUCUUAAUCCUCAGCCCAUCGAAUUCGAAUUGACUCCUUACGAAAUGUUAUUAGAUGACAUACGUUCUCGUAGAUAUAAACUAAAUAAAAUUAUGGUCAAUGGUGAUAUACCUCCGAGAGUGAAGAAAGAUGCCCAUGCCUUGAUUUUAGAGUUUAUUCGAUCUCGACCACCGUUGGUUCCCGUAUCAAAAAGAAAAUUAGCUCCCGCUCCACCGAAACAGCCUACUCUAUACGAGAAACUAAUGGCUUCCAUCCGUCAACAGCAUACGCUCCGUCCUACCGGAAACAGGGAGGAAACAGUGGAAACGUCUAGAACAAAAUUAAAUGAUAACGACAUUACGCCUCAGCCUCGAAGACGUUUAAUUAAGGCUGAUUUAUCUCUCUCCUUAACACCGAGUUUUGAUGACGACGACGACGAUCCCGAUUUUCCUGUAACGCCUACAACCGAGAAAACUGCAACUACACAUCAAACAGAUAAUGUAACAACCAUUAAACCACCAAGCACAUUAUGGCAACAAAGUCACAGAUUAGAAAGAAGACAUAGCAUAUCGGUUUGUGAGUCGCCUACAAAACCUCAGCAACUAGCAUUAAUUUCAGGAAAAUUCAUUUGUAAAAGUCCACAACUUCAAAUAUCUUCGAUACCAAACAACUUUUCAGUUUGGAGUGCAUUUGAAAAUCAAUGCUUAAGGCUAAGUUUACGUUUAAAUUAA